AUGGUGAUCGAGGAAUUCAAACCAGAACAUAAUGCCGGCGGCACUUUCACGGAGGAGUCAUCCUUCGUCAGCUUAUUCCCAAAAUACAGAGAAGCAUAUCUAAAGGAAACAUGGCCUAUGAUAACCAAAGCACUGGAGAAGCAUGGCAUCGCGUGUACCCUGGAUUUAGUUGAAGGAAGCAUGACCGUGAAGACUACUCGUAAAACCUUCGACCCAGCUUCAAUUUUGAAUGCGCGGGAUUUGAUUAAGCUCCUUGCGCGAAGUGUGCCGGCACCACAAGCUUUAAAAAUCCUCCAAGACGAUGUAGCUUGCGAUAUCAUUAAAAUCCGCAAUCUAGUACGCAACAAAGAGCGGUUUGUAAAACGACGACAACGUAUCCUCGGACCCUCCGGUUCCACCCUAAAAGCUCUCGAACUGCUGACAAACACCUACAUCCUCGUCCAAGGAAAUACAGUGUCCGCCAUGGGGCCAUACAAAGGCCUUAAGGAAAUAAGAAGGGUGGUGGAGGACUGCAUGAACAACAUUCAUCCUAUCUACCAUAUCAAGGAGAUGAUGAUCAAAAAGGAGCUCGCAAAAGAUCCUAAACUUGCAAAUGAAAGCUGGGAUCGCUUUUUGCCUCAUUUCAAGAAGCGAACACUAAGCAAGAGGAGGAAGCCGUUCAAGGUCACAGAUAAAAGCAAGAAGGUGUACACACCGUUCCCGCCCCCCCAGGAGAAGAGCAAAGUUGAUCUGCAGAUUGAGAGCGGUGAAUACUUCCUGAGUAAGCAGGCACGAGAGCGUGCUAAAAAGGAGGAAAUUAUAGAGCGCCAAAAGGAGAAGAGAGAAGAGAAGAAGAAGGAACUGGAGAAAGACUUUGUUCCGCCCAAGGAGGUGUAUGAUGUUGAGAGGAAGAAAAAGAAACGAAAACGCCAUGAUGGAGAAGUAAGAGAAGGGAAGGGAGAUAAAUCGUCCGAAAAGAAGCAGAAGAAGUCGAAGAAGAUAAAGCAGAUUGAGGGAGAGGAAUAA